AUGGAGGAGUACAACAACUACGACAAGGGGAACCUUCUCCGCAACCGUUACCGCAAGCAACAUGACUUGCGGAAGGGCUCCUAUGGCCUUGUUUCUGUGGCUAAAGAUACGUUGAACCAUGACAAGUUGGUGGCCAUCAAGUACAUUUAUCCAUUAGAAAAGGCCAAUAAGGUCCAGGAGGAACGCGAGAAAAGUGCCAAGAGCGUUAAGGGAGUUAAGAGUGUUGUAGCUGCCACUACCGCCGCCGCUGCAGCUGCAGCAGCUGCUGCUGCAACAACGACUGCCUCCGGCUACUCUUCUUCUUCCUCCACCAACUCUUCCACCCCCAAUUCCUCUACAUCAUCCUCCUCCUCGGGAAACUCACGCCCUCUACAACUCAACACAAUAGAACAUACUCAAUCCAUCCUACAAACGCUCUACGAUGAAGCGGCCAAGGAGAUUGCUAUCCACAAAAUCCUUGGCCAUCAUCCAAACAUCACCACCUUGUACGACCAUUUCGGCUCUUGCUUGGUGUUGGAGUACUGCUCCCGAGGAGACCUCUACGAUGCCAUGCACGACGGAGAGGGGCCUCUGACGUCACAGGAUAUCAAGGACGUCUUCUGCCAAGUGCUUGAUGCCUUGGAGUUUUGCCAUGACAACAACGUCUUCCAUCGAGACUUGAAACCAGAGAAUAUUCUCAUUGGCGAGGAUUGGUCCAUCAAGCUCUGUGAUUGGGGGUUGGCCACCACUACCAGACUCAUCUAUGCCAGAAGUGAGUUUGAUGUUGGUAGUGAACGGUACAUGGCUCCUGAGUUGUUUGACCAACUGGUGGAGUACUAUGACGCCCUGAAGAUCGACCUAUGGAGCAUUGGGAUCAUCUUGUUGACCUUGGUGUUCCACAAGAACCCCUUCCAGGUCGCCAACUACUCAGACAAGCGGUUCAUUCAGUUUGUUACCAACAGAGAAGCUCUCUUUGACAUUUUCCCCAACAUGAGUGGUGAGAUGUUUUCCGUGUUGCGGUUCUGUCUCAACAUCGAUCCGAUGAACAGAGACAUCUACAAGUUACGUGGAGAGUUGGAAAGCUUGAGAUGGUUCACCAUGGACGAAGAGUAUUGGGAAGAGGAAAGAGAAGGGGAGAAGGAGUACGAGGAAGAGGAAGAAGAAGAAGGUGUAGAAAGAGGAUCCUCACAAGAAGACUCGCAUGAAGACUCACAUCCAGAAGAACAAGAAGAAGAAGAAGAAGAAGUUGACCCAGAAGAAUUGAAGGUCACCCCCAUUGAUGUGGCACCCCCCACGAUUGUGGAACCACAUCAUGCGCACUUUGACGAGGAACUGUUGUCACACGUCGAAGCUCUGCCAAUGCAUGCACACUUUGAAAUAUCGCUGUCGCACGUGGCGAACGGAUAUUCCAUGCCACACAACCAUAGGGCAGACGCUCUACUUUCUAAGAAUUCGCUGUUGUUGCCCAUCCCUAUCGUGGAGAGCUCCGGAGCGUACAACAACUUCAGAACGACACGUAAGCCGUUUGGCGUUGCCUCGUACAACCAAACCAAGCAACAGUCGUAUGGUAAUGGUGGCGCCAAGUUCAACCGGGAAGACUUCUUCACACCAAAGUCUGUUUUCAACCAUUAUAUGGAUAAGUACGGUGACAGUCAUGGGCUCAACAAUGGCCAGAAUGGCGGUGGUAGAAACCCACAACGGUCCACCAAGUGGAAAAAGGGCAAUAAGAGGAGAUCAUGGAAGAAGGCCACCAUAGACAAUGACAACUACGACACACGUCGGUCAUCAAGAAGCGCUGCUUCGACGCAUCAACGGGACUACUAUAAGAAGAAGGCGGCGCUGUUCUCACAUGGAAUGCGGCCAAGGAAACUGAUUUUCGGCAGCUAUAACAACAAUCCUACCAACAACAAUGUAUUCCAUAGUCCGGUGCAGCAGUUGCACGGUCCUACCGGUGGGAAUAGUGUUGGCAACGCGACCUCUGGGAAGUACAUCCCACCGUUUUUGAGGUCACCUGGCCAAGGUCCAGGUCAACCCAACCUGUUGAACGAAGACAUCGCCAGUCUACACUUGGAUGAUGAAGUUUUCCAUCUUGAAGAUGAUUUUGACAUGUCUGGAGGAGAACAAUCACACGGGAAUCAUGGACAUCAAUCGGCAUCUUCCUCCUCGUCCCUGUAUGCUCUCCCAGGAGAUGGGUUCAAAAAGCCCAUCAGUUUCAAGGUACCCACGUAUUCUCUUGCGACCCCAAACACCCCCACAAGCAAUUUCAGCGAAAAUAGUAGCAAUCGCGCUGGUGUUCACGCUGUACCACCAAAUAGAAGAAGUAGACGUAAUUCUGUUGGAAUAGCACCUGCACGCCCAAUAAACUCCGCAUCCUCGUCUGUGACCAACAACCCACUCCAAGACCUCACACCAGGAGGUAAGUACGUUCCUCCAUUUAGAAGAGGCUCGCACACUCCAGGGAUCUGUACCAAGCCGAAAACUGGAACCUCUACUGUCGAAGAUAAAAGAAAGUCCAUUCAUGACAUCCGUAGAGACGUGGCCGCCAUGUUUGAUACGACGUCUUCGUCUGUUCCAACGGGUAAAACGGACUGGUUUUCGUUCAAGAAGGAUUGGGGUGAUUAUGAUGACGAAGACUAG